AUGUUCUCCACGCUCAUCCAGACCUUUGUCCUCCUCCUCCUCACAGCCACCGCGGCCCUCGCCGCCCCGGCCGGAAGACACAACUGGCCCCGCUUCACCGUGCCCCAGCAGCACUUUGAGGUCCUCAGCAUGCGCAUGCAGGAGCCCGUGAACCCGGCCGCCAUGGUGGAAGCCACCUGCAUCGACCGCAACGCCCACAUCGUCUUCCACGACCAAAACGCAGCAGAACUCGCCAUCUGCGGCGGCAUCUCCGGCUCCGUCGACGCCUGUCACGGAAACCCCUCCACCACCGUAGGCCAAGCCGGAUCCGCCCGCUUCGCCCUUAAGACCACCGUCGAGGGCGCGCAGAUCACCAUCUCAAAGACCAAGUGGGAGCAGUGCGUCCGCGCCGCACGCGACAAGUGCCCCACCGGCAGCCUCCGCGCCGUCUGCGCCGGCGGCGCGACGGUCGGCGACGUGGAGUUUACGCUCAAGAACUCGUUUAGCAUGGACGACUUGUGA